CUACCCAUCAUCGAUUCCACCAUUGUUGCUACCAUCUCCUUUCCACCAUUGUCUCCACCACUGUUUUCUCUUCCACUAUUGUCGCCACCGUCUCUUUCCACCACGUCUCCAUCAUUUUAGUCUUCACUAUUUUUUUCGUUUAUCACCGCCACUAUUCGUGAUCUCUUUACUUCUUCACAUCGUCUUUUCUUCGCUUCUAUCUUAUGUGUGGUUUUUAAUUCUCAUCAACUACGAAAACUCGAACAGUUUCUUUGCUAAUCAUAUUUCUUCUUCUUCCGCUUCAUGAUUAUUUUUCUUCAAUAUAAUCUUUGUUUUGUUCUAUUCUAUUUAACGAUCAUAGAAUAUAAAUUUGACUUUACUGUAAAGAACAUGUGUUAUAUUUUGUUGGUGUAUCAUUUUUAUGAACCAAUUGAUUUAUAUUUAUUUAUCAAGACUAAUCAAUUACAAGCAACAACAUACCAAUACUAUAGUUUUUGAAAAUCGACAAAGACCAAGAAAGUAUUAAAUAUUGUGAACCAGUAAAACAAAGAGUAUGCCAUUUGGAUAAAUAAUGUAGUAUAGUAUAGGAUAUAUAUGUUAUUAAGUUUUAAAAUUGGAAAAGAUGGACGAUGGCAUCUCCGCAAAUCAUAUGUUCUCCUACUCUUUAUGAUUGUUAUCUUCCACUUUUGGAAAAUAACAAUUCAAAAUUGAAAUAUAGUAUUUUGUUUUGUGCCAUUCUAUUUGAGAACAAUAUAAUAGAAAUUAACCUUUAGAAUCUCUUUAGAUAUGUGUUGUUCAUGUGAAUUGAUUGUUAUGUACUAUUUACUUAAAAAAUUAUAAUACAGUAUCCAAUCGAACAUUGUAUUGACGAACCGUCACAUGCGGAGAAAAAAAGUCAUCCACUUUCAUACCAAAUUGUCACACAUAUCAAUAUAUCAAUUUCUUAAUUUUUAUAAAACUUUCUAUUUAUUUUUCGAGUAAUUUUCUAUUACUUACACUAAUUUCCUUCGUAAUUUAUUAAUUUACUAAAAUAAAAAUUACAAUGUAUUCACCUUAAACAUUAGUAGGAUAAGAGUACUAAGAAGCGAACACUUUGCAUAUCUUAUUUUUGUUUGCAUCUUCUUAAAAAAAUUUCUUUAUGAUUUCAUAAUAAUCAAGUAUUAUAAUGUUCAAUUUUUGAAAAGGAAUAUACUGAUUCUGAAAAUGCAUUCAAAUGUGUAAUAAAUAAGUUUUGAUUUUUUCUCUCUUUUGAGAAAGGAGAUAAAAACUCUAAAUGGUAACCAUGAAAUGAAAUUAAUUGAAAUCAAUUUAGAUGAAAUAAGAUGAAUGUAACUAGUUUUAAAACGGAACAAAUUCAUUCCAUUUAAUCCAAAUCAAAAUUGUAGAGGAAUUUAAAAAAAAAAAAAUUCUGUAAAUCUUUUGGAAUGGUUGUAAAUGGUAAAGAAAGUAAGAAACUAUGGAAUCAACAGAACAAGUCUUUUCAAAAAAAAUUAUUCAAAAAAUUUAGCAAUCCACUUCAGCCAAAGUCGAAGUACCUUCCACAUUGUUUUUAUUUUCAGCUAGUUUCCCUUUUAUGUUCAAUACAAUUAAUUUUUUCAAAUGUUAUUAUUACCCUAAAUCCUUUAUAUCUAACCAAAAAAAAACAUUUUACACUUUUUCUCACAUGUGAAUGUGAAAUCUUCUAUCUCUCUCGCUCUUGUCCUUCUUCUCUCCAUUUUUUCUCUCUCCCUAAGUUAUUACAAUUAUUGUAAAUUUUCAAGAACACGAAAGAGUUAAUAUUCCUCUCCGCCCAGAAAAAAUGCCUUUAAGCAACAAUGUAAUCUGUUGCAUAAACUUCAUCUCCGUCCUCCUCUCUAUUCCAGUCAUCGGCGCCGGGAUCUGGCUCACCACCGGAGCAGUAAACUCAUGCGUCAAGCUCCUUCAAUGGCCAGUAAUAAUCCUCGGAAUCUUGAUCCUCCUUGUGGGUCUUGCUGGUUUCAUAGGAGGGUUCUGGAGAAUCACUUGGCUUCUCGUUGUCUACUUAAUCGCCAUGCUUGCUCUCAUCGUACUUUUAGGUAUUCUUGUCGGAUUUAUUUACAUGGUCACCAUUAAAGGAGGCUCUGGUCAUCCGGAACCAAGCCGAGCUUAUCUUGAGUAUAGUCUUCAAGAUUUCUCUGGUUACUUACGUCGACGAGUUCAGAGAUCUUACAAAUGGGAUAGGAUACGUACUUGUUUGAGUACUACUACUAUUUGUUCGGAACUGAAUCAGACAUUCUCUACGGCUCUAGAUUUCUUCAAUGCUCAUCUUACUCCCAUUCAAUCUGGUUGCUGCAAGCCCCCAACAAAAUGUGGAUUCACAUUCGUGAACCCUACGUACUGGAUAAGUCCCAUAGAUAUGUCUGCAGAUAUGGAUUGUCUACAGUGGAGCAAUGACCAAAACGCUUUGUGCUACGCUUGUGAUUCUUGCAAAGCCGGUUUGCUCGCAAAUCUUAAGGUAGAUUGGCUAAAAGCCGAUCUCUUUCUCCUUUUGGCGCUCAUCGGGUUGAUAAUCGUUUAUAUAAUCGGCUGCUGCGCGUUUCGAAAUGCGAAAACUGAAGAUAUUUUCAGGAAAUAUAGGCAGGGUUAUACAUGAUCGGGCUGAGAAGUUUGGUGGCAAAACUGAGAAGAAUGUUUCUUUAAAUUAUUGGGUUCCUAAGUUUUUAGUUUCUUUAUGUUUCGGCGUUUGUAGUUUUAUCUUUUAUAUGUACGCAUGACCAGAACGUUUGGUGUAACUGGAAGAAUGUUUGGUGUAUCUCUUUGGUUUGAGUUUGCAAAACUUUGCAUUUGUUAAUUAAUAUUAUUUUAUAUAUUGUGAUUA